GGACUAAAAUUAUUAUUAUUAUUAUUAUUUUUCCCUUGCUUCCUAUAUCUGAAUUUGUAAAGGUAGGUCGAGUGUAUAUGGAGGGAAAGACAGGCACUUUUGCGGAGGUAAUUGAACUAUUAGGUUUCCAUAAUGAUGCUGAUGCAACUUGCUCCUUGAGUUUAAUGUCUUUGACUCCCCUACCUGUUCCAAUAUGUCAUCUACUUGCACAAGAUUCCUGAGGUCCCUUGUUAUCAUCCCUGCUCUGCUCGAUUUUUACUUCCAUCUCCAAGUACCAUACAGUAGUGGCACUCGCGUCCAACGUGAGGACACGGUGCAAGUACCGGUGUCCAAAACACAGGGAUCGAAAAUCUGCCCCCAGCGUUCGGGUCCGUUACGAUAGAUGCCUGUGCGGUAAUAAUCCAAGAAUUGAUCCCUACGAGUAGGACACCUUCUGGAAGAUAUCCUGUGCUUUGAUUUCGCUGUCUUGUGCUAUUCAGGGUAUUAUACCGGACAAGGAAAACGUCUUCAAGUUCGAUCCCAAGAUACGGUACUUGGAGGUCAAAAAACUAAACCCCUUUUGUUGCAUGUGACUCAUGUUAUACGCUUUUCUCUCCCACAUUCGGCGAUCUGCAUUCUUUAUUUGGUAAUAGUUUGCACGCUUAGGGCUGUGAAAUUCGAGAAGGAGGCUUGGGAGCUAGCUACAGGGACGGGCCGCAAAUGAGGGGCUUUCGGGUGUUGGGCUAUUCCGGCGGCACUGGCGAUCACUCGGAGAGGCUAGGGUAAUGGAGUUUGUAAAAACACAAGACAACCCACCUUUCAUCCCCCUCUCGCUUUCCCCUCUGCUCGCUUCAGGGUGCUCUCGAUCAGAGUUGCUGUGGGACGUAAAAAAAGUGAGGUGAACAUCUUCGCGGGUGACCUUUUCGGGUUUCCAUUUGUCAUAAAAAGCGUUGCCGGUACCGGCAUUACCACAGGUUUUCUUGUUCUGGACCAUACACCCUAGAGUCUCUCUCGAAAGUCAAAGUUGGGGCCGCUGAGAAGGGUUUCCGCGGAGAAGUUCUCCAGUCGCCCUUAUUAGCUAAAACCGGCCACCCUGCCCCCCUAUCGGACACCUAGGCCGCCCCUUUAUCUACACCGAUGAAAAAUCCCCACAAUAUCAACGGUAUCUCUCCCGCUAAAGUAUCGAAUUUCGAUAUCGACGCCUACAUCAGCCCACUCAUACCAAGCCCAAGGAUCCUCCGGAGGCUCCCGACAUGUAUAAGUCGAUUCCUGGGGCACAGAAAUGGGGCUCGAGAGGGAGAGCUCCAUAUUGUUAUUUGGGUCUGGACCUUUGUGGGAGCCUUUUCUGGGGUUGCGGUUGUCGAGACGGUUUUCAUAAAUUGGAGCUAUUUCGUUAAGAAGGGGUGCCCCAUGAUCGUUGGAAGUUAUGUAUGUACGCCCGGCUUUACUACUGCCAAACUAUUGCGAGCAUGGGCUAAUUUAAACUCGUGUAAUAGGGCGCGGCGGCGGUGCUGCUGUACGGGGCGGUGGACAGUCCACUGGCUCAGCCGAGAAACGCAUUCUUUGGACAACUUCUUUCAGCAGCAACCGCGGUGGCGAUAACAAAAUUGUUCCUGCUCAACAGCCGUUUCGAUAGUCUCGUGUGGCUUGUCGGGGCUUUGAGUUGUGCUUCGGCAAGUUUGGUCAUGACCAUCACCAAAACCGUCCACCCACCGGCCGGUGCUACGGCGCUCCUCGCAGCUGUGGAUCCCGGAGUUCGGAGAAUCGGAUGGGGUCUUAUCCCUGUGGUUAUGGUAUCCUCUGCCCUCAUGAUAUUAGUCGCCUGCAUCGUGGACAACUUUCAGAGGUCGUAUCCGCGCUACUGGUGGACUCCCGGACCCGUAGGAAAGGAAGCGCGGAGCAAGGAUCGCAAGGAUGACGGUAUAGAUGUAGAGAAGGGGAAGGCCGACACGAAGGAGGGUAUGGAGGUGAUUGUUGGAGCAGAGGGCAUUGUUUUACCGGAGUUCUUGGUUCUCGGAGAGGUGGAGAGGGAGGUUCUCAUGCAGAUUAGAUGUAGAAUUGCGAACUUUAACGAUGGGGAGGAGAGCGAGAGUAGCUCUCUGUGAGGUGGGGGGGACGUGCCCCCCUAUGUUUUUCACGGCGUUCUUUGGGUUGCAAUGGGCGAUUUUCCCACCACCACCACCGUUUUGAGGGGAAUUGGUCUAUUUUCACGGGGGAGAGACGAGUGAUAUAGGUUGUAUGUCAUGCCUAAUUACUCCGAAUUAGUUGCGGGGGCUCAGGGCCAUGGGAUAGGAAAGUGCAUACGCUGCUGAGAUAGACUGUGCAAUUGUAUCGGGAAACAAGGCUGGCGGGGAUGUCGGAGGGUUUCCAAAGGGGACUCCAGUAGAUGCAAGGGGAGCGGGUGGUUUGCUCCCGGUGGGGAGGAAACACACGAGCCAUAAUAUACACAGGGAAGGGAGCGCUGACUGACGACCCUCAUCGUUACGCCCGGCGUUAUAGUUGAUCUUGUACCCGUAGUAGUAUAUUACCGGUAUGACACUAUGGUCACGUCUCCAACGUGCUGACAGUCGAAUGAGAGGGAGCAAGCCAACGGCAGACGAUAAGUAGGCACCUACGUAGUGUUUACCAUCCUGCCAUCCUGCCAUCCCAACCCAUACCUUACUGUGGGUGCGGCACAUCGGAGCAUCAAGCCCGAUUCCCGCCCAUUUCACCCAUCGCGGCGAGAUGGGAUAGUCCACCGGUAGUAUUUCCUAGACCUCCCCAACCCUAACCCAUCCACCCUGUGGCGUAGUGUGAUACUUGUCCAGACCUCACCCCUCACCACUCGUUCAAACGCGGAAGGAAAGAGAGCCUGCUAAACCGUCACGACCUGACACGAUCUCAGUACCGGCACUGUAAAAUGCCAGAUUCGGCAGAGCACUGCGCAUUCCGCUUGACCAUUUGCUCGUGUGAUUAAUUAUGUUGCCUGUUGCUUGGCGUAAGUUGGCCUGGGGCAGCGCCGACGGAGCUGGAAAAGCUCGGGAGAGCGUGUGGUGAAAGUGACGGUACCGGCACGCCACGCUCUCGUUUACCCGCUCGAACCAUUCAAAGAGCAUCCCGAGCGGCGUGCUUUAGAGACUUGUAGCGUGUGAUUUGAGCUAAGUUUCUGGACACCUGGUUAACAUACUUGUCUGCCCUUUCCGCCAUUGAGCGGUUCGAUGGAGAAAGAAUACCACAAACUAUGAGGUAUUUCCUGACCGUCCGCUCAAUCCCACUUCUCUACCCACCGUGCGUU